UCGACGAGGUCGCAACUUGAGUCCCAAUCGCGUGGAAGCAAAUUAUUGGGAAGCCCACUUAAUAGUAUGUGAUUCCGUGGCAAAGGCCAUAAUUUUCCAUGCUUAUAAAUUGUGAAUUUAAUCUAUCGCGUGCCGCUGCCAUUUAUUACUGUGGCGAGCGAAUUUCGGGCUCACUCACUGUAACAGUUGGUGGCAAAAAGCCUUUCCGAUUAGAGGGCGUAAAUAUCACUCUUAAUGGCGCCUCCUCGGUUCAUUGGAGGGAAUCCGACCCGGGGCCUCCCCAAAUCGAACAUAAUGACAGCACCAGGCACGUGGAAUGUGCCAAAGUGGAUUACAAAGGAGGCAAGGUCCACAUAAAUGAAACAAAGAAGUUGGUGGGUGGACUGAUUCUACCGCCUGGUCCCAAGGACCUAGGCUCCUUUGAGUUCCAACUCCCUGAAAGUCUGCCAGCCACAUGUAGUGUUCCUAAUGGCCGUGUGGAGUACAUCCUAAUGGUGGUCAUUGAGAGGAAAGGCAAGCAUAGCAAGUGCUUUGAGCAGCGCUUGGUUGUCAGAAGGAGCCUGGAAUUCAUCGAUCUCAAGCCACAAACUAAGAAAACCUCCACGCUGAGCCUCUCCCUUCCCCGAAGUGUGUUUGUUCCUGGCCAAAGUGUGGACUAUGAAGUUGAAUCGAGGGAUGGAAUUUCGGAUAUCCUUACCCGGUUGUGCCAAAGUAUUAACUACCAGAGUUCAGUGCCUGAGAAAAGAACCAAAACAGUGACAAAAGGUCUAGCAGAGUGUUCCAGCCGAAACGGAAAUCUCCGCCUGCCUUUAACUGCUCCCAUUAUGAGCCACCCGGAUCAGUUUGCACCCAUCCACAUUAGCUACUAUAUAGAGGUAUAUAAUUUUUUGGAUCCUCCUGUACGGCUUCCCCUUUUUGUGGCCACUGUGGCGCCGCCGACUCACUCCCCCUGCAUCGAGUCUUCCCGCCUUUGCUUUGUGAAUUUGGCGCUGAGUCAUGGCGAUUGGUUUGCGCCAAUUAAUCAACUGCUGGCCCAAAGCUGUUCCCGGGAAAUUGGCGCCCUGGCGCUAAACAAACACUGCGAACGCAUCAGGUUGCUGAAAGGUCCAAAAAGAAAACAUUCGUACGUGCAACUGGCACUGCGGUAUUUCCAUAAGAAAGUGCUACCCUAACACGUGCCAAGAUUGGAAUUUCAGUGACCAGCUCUGGAUACACAUGGGAUUCAAUGGAAUCGAACUAAACCGGCAGUCGCUAGAACACCUGGAAUAUAAAAAAAAACAUUUUUAAGGCGACUAAAUGGUACACUUUCUCGAAACACUGACAGAAAACGUUUCUAGGAAAGUUGAAUUUGUGCACAUUUAACUAUUAUCUAAGGCACAGAAAUACAAAAUGUUACAUGGUUUUUUUUUGUUGAACGGAUAUCUGAUUUUCACUUUUAAAAUCAAUCAAUCAAGUUUCUUAAAAAGCUUCGCUUGCGGAGAUCAAGUUUGAAUAUUUCGCUAAUAGACUUUAUUUUAUAUAGAGACAAUGUUUUAAAAUUAGGGGUUGAUUAUUAAAU